AAUGUUGAAGCAUGGGAAACUGGCCAUAUCUUACAAUUAGAUAAUAAACAAUUUAUAGUUCAAGUUAAUCCACCUCGUAUUGUUUCAUUGCAAUUUCCUGAUACCGACGUAUUUGUUGGCUUUACAAUUGCUCCCAAUGUAAAGAUGGAAUUUAGCAGUGUCCAACAAUCUCAUUAUGAAUGGUUUUCUAGUAGGCAAAAAAAUGGUAAACAAUCAUGGGAGAAAGUCGGUGAUAAUAUCCAUUAUAAAAUACAACCUAGUGAUUUCGGCCAACGAUUAAAAUUACGUUGUACACCUCGGCACGAGGACAAUUAUGGUGAUGCUGUUACUAUUCAAUCCAAUAUACCUGUUAGUUAUGGCCCUAUUCGAUGCUUAUCUCGCCAACGAUAUCAAUUUACUCAAUCAAAAUUAGAUGUUGUUGGUGAUCUUAGGAUCGUCUCUUAUAACAUCCUAUCGAGUGGAUAUAGUAAUGAUGUAUUUCGCUAUUGCAAUCCAAGAUAUCUUCGAUAUUCCUAUCGAUUGCCCUUAAUAAUAGAUGAAUUAGUAGGGUAUAAUGCCGAUAUAAUUUGCCUUCAAGAAUGCGACAAAGAAUUAUUACAAAAUGUCAUACUGCCUGCAAUGCGUACUCAUGGUUACUCUGGGAAUCAUAUCUUUAAAAAGGCAGAGGUUAAAGAAGGCCUUGCGUUAUUGUAUAAUAGAUCAAAAUUUCAAUUAUUAUCAUUGCAUACCUUUGCCUUACGAGAUUUAUUACUUAAGGAUGAAAGCCUAGGUCACCUAGCUAAACAAAUCAAGAAGCAUCCACAAUUAAAGAGAAAAUGCGUUAAUUUACCCAAUGUAGCUAUGGCAUGUGUUUUUCGAUGGCGAGAAGCACCUAAUAAAUUAUUUUGUAUUGGCAAUACACAUCUGUAUGCCAAUCCUAUGCUACCGGAAGUACGCUUAGUCCAAGCAUCUGUUGUAUUACACCAGCUGAAUUUAAUUCGCAAUAAAUUUACAGAUGUUCUUCCCAUUCUAUUAUGUGGCGAUUUCAAUAGUAUUCCUAAUUCUAAUGUUUAUCAGUUACUUACUACUCAUCAAAAGCAUCAAAAGCAUUUCUUCCCAACAACCGCAGAUCGAUGGAAGCCAAUCGAUUUAGUACUUGAUAACGCCUUUGAUUUCUAUAGUUUAUGUGGUAUACCUCAGUUCACAAAUUAUGUUCAGGAUUUUGUAGGAACUCUUGAUUAUAUAUUUGGUGAAAAAGAAUACGUAGAUGUUAAGCAAGUUGUCCCAUUCCCAACUGAAGAUGAAAUCAAAAGAGAUAAGGCCUUGCCAUCACCCAACGCUCCAUCUGACCACUUGGCUUUAGUUUGUGAUGUU